GGGCGGGGCGUCGGCGGACAGAUGAGCGAGCGUCCGGGCUGGGAGUCGGCGAGCGGCGGCUGGCAGGGUCAUCCGGACAUGUCGCGGCGGGCGCGGGGGCCCGGUGGCCGCGCGGGCGGGCUCGGCCUGGGUUCGGCAGGCGCGGCGAGGACCACGUCGCGCGCGCGGUGGGAGCAGCACCCGUAGGAGCAGGCGCCCAGGAAGCCCCAGCUUCGAGUCCCUCUCUGAGCCGCAAGAAGACGCCGGCCUGAGCCCCAGUCGGCCAUGGAGUACCUGGCGCCCCCGGGGCCCGGCUCAGAGCCUCCCGCCAUGGACUUGGAGGAGCCCAAGGACACGCUGGUGCCCUCGGAGGACCUCACCCCUGAGGGGCAGUGGCACGCGGUGCCGGAAGCGCCCGGCAGCCUGAGUCGGAUGGAACUCGAGGGGUCGAGCGUUCAGGACCUGGUGCAACAGUUUGAGGCUCUGCCCGGAGAUCUGGCGGGCCUGCCCCGGGACAGCGCGCCCUGCCCUCUGCACAUUGCCACUGGCCAGGGCCUGGCCCCGCAGGAGUCGGCCGACGCCCAUGGACUCUUGUCGGCUGAGGCCGGCCGGGAAGACCUCCUCAGCCUUCUGCAGUGUGAGGGGCACUCGCCUUCUGAGCCGGGUCCCCAGGAGCCUCCAGAGCCUGCCCAUCACCUGUUGCCGCCCCCUGAGGAUGCAGAUGGAGAGUCAGGGCCCCCCGAAUGGGCAGAGGGCGCCUCUGCCGAGCAGGGCGGUAGUAGGAGCUCCAGCAGCUCCCCCGAGCCUUGGCUGGAGACCUCACCUCUGGUCACAGCUGAAGAGCCACCUGCCGGUGCCCAGAGCCCCAAGACCCUGGCUUCAUACCCUGCCCUCCAGGAGGUACCUGGUCCCUGUGACCACGAGGACCUCAUGGAUGGUGUCAUAUUUGGGGCCAAAUACUUGGGCUCCACCCAGCUGGUGUCGGAGCGGAACCCGCCCCCCAGCACGCGCAUGGCCCAGGCCCAGGAGGCGAUGGACCGUGUCAAGGCCCCCGACGGGGAGACCCAGCCCAUGGCGGAGGUGGACCUCUUCGUCUCCACCAAGAGGAUCAAGGUCCUGGCUGCGGAUUCCCAGGAGGCCCUGAUGGACCACGCCCUGCAGACCAUCUCCUACAUCGCCGACAUCGGCCAGGUGCUGGUGCUCAUGGCGCGGCGGCGGCUGGCUCGGAGGUCGCCCCAGGACCGAGGCCGCCGCCUGUGCAAGAUGACCUGCCACGUCUUCCACGCAGAGGACGCCCAGCUCAUCGCACGAGCCAUCGGCCAGGCCUUCACUGUGGCCUACAGCCAGUUCCUGCAGGAGAGCGGCAUUGACCCCAGCCAGGUGGGCACCGGGCCCAGCCAGGGGGCCAGCAGCCCCGGCCACCUCCACAACGGAGACCUGGACCACUUCUCCAACAGCGACAACUGCAGGGAGGUGUGCAUCGAGAAGCGCAGGGGCGAGGGCCUGGGCGUGGCGCUGGUGGAGUCGGGCUGGGGCUCCCUGCUGCCCACGGCCGUCAUCGCCAACCUGCUGCACGGGGGCCCCGCCGAGCGCUCGGGCGCCCUCAGCAUCGGCGACCGCCUCACCGCCAUCAACGGGACCAGCCUGGUGGGGCUGCCCCUGGCCGCGUGCCAGGCGGCCGUGCGCGUGAGUUCCGGGGAGGCAGCGCCCCUGCAUGGCAGGCCGCCCCCGCGGCCCAAGGGCCCCUCAGAACUGAGCCCGACCCUGCCCCUGCCCGUGCUCCCCACUUCACCGGCGGGCGGGCGGGCGAGGUCCCGGUACUGCGGCCGGCUGAGGGGCCCAGCCCCCGGUGAGGCCCACCCCCGCCCCGCAGGAGGUGAGGCCGCAGCCGUCGGUGAGGCUCAGCAUCGUGCACUGCCCGCCCGUCACCACUGCCAUCAUCCGGAGGCCCCACGCGCGUCUGCAGCCUCCUGCGCGGCGGCAUCGCGGAGCGCGGGGGCGUGCGCGUCGGGCACCGCAUCAUCGAGAUCAACGGGCAGAGCGUGGUGGCCACGCGGCACGAGCGCAUCAUCGAGCUGCUCACCGAGGCCCACAGCGAGGUGCACAUCAAGACCAUGCCGGCCGCCACCUACCGCCUGCUUACAGGCCAGGAGCAGCCGGUAUACCUGUGAAGGUGACCCCCUCCGUGCCUUCGCCCUGGUGGCCCUCUGCAGCUGCCUGGGACCCCAAAGGAUUUGUAGCUACGUUAUUUUCUAAUGUAAAAAAUUAAAGGUUUAUUGAAUGGG